AUGAACAAACAAUUUGGUUUAUCUUUACGAAUAGUGUUGAAAGAAAAGAAGUGUCACAUUGUACGCCUAAUUGUGCAUCCGUUGGUGGCAAUCCUUUUAACCUUUUUCAUCAUAAAUGUUACAAAAAGUGCUGGAUCGUCACAGUCGAGCAAAAGCUUUGCGGAUAACGUUAUUAACCAGGAUGAACUGGCUGAUUACUUUCCCGGUGAGCUGGUCAACAAGAUUUACUUCACACCGCAGAAUGCAUUUAUUGAAAACCUGAUGGAAGCCGUACGCCAGCAACUGUACAUUGUGGACGAACGCGUUGUGCCUUACCCUAGUGAUGCCGAAAUGGAGUUUGCACUGCUCGCUAACCCGCAUAUAUGUUUUGGUGUGAACUUUUCCAACAUUACCGACGAUGGUCGGCUGGAGUACUUUAUACGGACAAAAAACAACAACUUUCGCACCAGUACCGUUUACUCGCAGGACGUCUAUUCCUGCUAUCGGAAGCAAAACAACGAAUACAUCGAAAGUGGCUUUCUAACGCUUCAGAAUGCCGUCGAUCAAGCUUAUGUUGCGAUGGUGCAGGCCAAGCCAAAACUAUCCAACGGAGAGCGAAUUCUGCAUAUCGCUUACGGACAUAUACCGGUGGACGAUAAACGAGGACCACAGGAACCAACAAGAAACGUCGAACUUAUUCCAGUCCUUUCGGUAGUGUUCGUUGUGAUGGACAUAUUUGCUCUGCUGCUUCCGAUGGUUGAAGAGCGGGCGAAUGGUAUGAGAGAAUACUUGAAGAUGGCCUCGUCAGCCAGCUACUGGAAAGAGGCGGCACUGUUUGCUAUCAAUUUCGUGAUAUUCUUUACGAUUCUGGUCGUGUGCCUUAUCAUUGCUUUCUUCAGUGGUUAUUGGGACAACAAUCCUGCAGUGAUUGUGUACCAUAUAAUAUUGGCAUUCCUGUUUCUGAUGAAUCUGAUUGCGUUUACGUUUUUCCUGAGCACCAUGCUAGUAUCUCCAACGAUGGCAACCGCCGUGGCACCGAUCGUAUUUUUUGGACCAUUUUUCCUAUCCAUUUUGCGCAGAGGACUGGUGGCACCGCUUUGCCUGUUUCCCGUGGUAGGCCUCUGCUAUGCCGGAAUGAUAGGGGAAGUUUUUAAAUCGUCCGGCCAUCUGUUUCUGGCACACAACCUAUUCACAGUGGAUUAUCCUGGGACUGGAUACGUAAGCAUGUUUCACGUGUACGUUUGCCAGCUGCUCGGUACAGCAGUGUGGCUAUUUCUUUGGUUCUACGUUUCAAACGUUUACCCCGGACAGUACGGGAUACCGCAAGAAAAAUGGUUUUUCCUAUCGAAAAGUUACUGGCAAUGGUCCCCUGCCGCAGGUGGGAGAAAUAGACCACGAAACAAAAAUAAAAUUACCACCGAAAGUCAACGCAAUUUACAGCAGGACUUAUCCGGAAGCAAUGAACUUGGCACCCGAAUGGAAAUGCACGACAUGCCCUACAUCGAUGAAGGCAUCGAAGAUAUCGGCAGUAUCGAUCCGGAACAAUCAAAACGCAAAGAUCCGUCCGUCCCAAGAUCGCAGCCAUUGGUUCGCAUUUUCAAAUUGUACAAAGCUUUCAAAGGCCGUACGGGCACCAAGGAAGUGGUGCGGGAUUUUUCACUUUCGAUCUACAACCACAGCAUUACCGUGCUGCUCGGGCACAACGGGGCAGGCAAGACUACCACGAUGAACAUUAUCACCGGCAUAUUGCCAGCGACCUCCGGCACGAUCGAAAUCGAUGGAGAAGCUAAUCCACACCGCUAUCGCCAGAAGAUAGGGUUCUGUCCACAGCAUAAUGUAUUCUUUUCGUAUCUAAACUGUCUCGAACAUUUGGAAUAUUUCGGACAAUUGCGAGGAUUAAAUGUAUCUGAUGCUCGGGCAGAAGCGAAAACCAUGCUGGAGAAGGUGAAUCUACUGGACAAGCGCAAAUCGCUCGUCCACACACUGUCCGGUGGUAUGAAACGGCGCCUUAGCCUGGCCAUUGCCAUUAUGGGUCACACAAAACUGCUCAUCCUAGACGAACCUACGUCCGGGUUGGAUCCAGAGUCGCGCCGCGACAUAUGGGACGUUUUGCUGAGAUUACGCGAAAACCAUACGAUCCUACUGACGACGCAUUUCAUGGAGGAAGCAGACGUGCUCGGUAACUGGGUAGCGAUAAUGGAUGACGGUGAGCUGGUAGCAUUCGGGACACCAUUAUUUCUAAAGCAAAAGUACGGCAAGGGUUACACGUUGAAACUGUUUAAAGCGAGCAACUUUGAUGCAAAAGAAGCCUGGUCACUGAUACAACGGUACGUACCGAAUGCUGUCGUGCGCGAUUCGGUGCAAGAAAUAAUGGCCGUUACGCUGCCCUACGAUGAAAUUACCCAGUAUGCGGCUAUGCUGAAGGAACUGAAAGACAAGCAACGCGUUCUCGGCAUCGAAACGUUCAGCAUGGCUAAUGCAACACUGGAGGAAGUGUUUCUUAAUUCCAGCAAGCAAAAACACGAAAUUCAACACCAUGCAGAAAGUGUCGAUAGUCCUCCAAGUCCGGAACUGUUCGAUGAGCCUACAAUGAGCACGGCAUCCACAAUUACGCGACGUCAUGCGAUGAACGUUGUGAAAGCAAUUGGGUCCAAAAAGUGGAUCCACAUGAAGAGUAAUAAGCACAUAUUUGGUUUCCUAUUUUCCCUACCCUUGCUGGUGAUAAUAUGCUGCUUCAUAUUCACCACCGGUAUAACCGAUUCAGCGAAAAGCCUUCCGGCAGUGUGGUUAGCAGCGUACACGAUCCACCAGCCGUACGGCAUACUUAUGAUCAACCGUGAAAGCGAUAGUAAGCAACCGUUGGGCAAUCUGCAAACCAUCCAAUCGGAUUUUGACCGGUCUCCUGUCAACGGUGUUCAAAUGUCGUUGGUCAUACGGGAGAAUGGCGAUUCCUUACAAGAUGUUUUAAGAGAAAAAAUCGUCCAAGACUAUACUGCGUACCGUGAUCAGCUGGUAGUAGCAAUAGAGUGUAAUAUUACGAACGAUGGUACAUAUCUGACGGUGCUGUACAACAACAAUCUCGUACAUAGCACUGGCAUUGCGGAAUCCGUCCUUACAACGAUCCUGCUGCGUUACUACGCCGGAACACCUGAAGCGAUUGUCCGCACGGAAAACAUUCCAUCCACGCGGAAACAGCUAAUCGACAUCCAGACGCCGUUCUACGUCACAGAGCUGCUUCCGAUAGCGAACAUGUUCUGCAUGCUGAUAUAUCUGUCAGGACCUUUACAUGAACAUUUGACCGGCUUUCGUCAGAUGCACAACGUAAACCGCUACUUGUACUGGGGCAGCACGUACAUGUGGGACAUGAUAGUACACUUCGUACAGUGCGUGCUAGUCGUUGUGCUCCUGUUCUUGCUGGAUCAUAAACAGACGUUCAGUGAAUCGUCAAAACUUAGCAUAUUCUGGAUCAGUUACGUCUACGGAUUGGUUGCACUGCCAGUAAUUUACAUCAUCAGUCAGUGUGUCCAGAACGCCAACACUGCGAUAACAAUCAUGAGCUAUCUGCUGAUUACGGGAGUGGCGUUCGUCUUCAUGCUCUCCAACGGAUACGACGAUAUAGUAAACAAUGAACCCUGGAUCACAUUACUCCAUGUCGUCCCCGAAUUUGGUCUGAAACACUCGAUGCGUGUGGUGUACGAAAACCAGAAGCUCACCAUUUACGAAAAAAUGUCCAUCCAGCAGAACCGGGCCCAUUCCGCGUUGACAUCGUUCGCAAAUAAGCGCCUCUCGCUGUAUACAUUUUAUAUUAUGGCACCGGCCAUGCUAGUUGUGCUCGUGAUCGUUCUAAACGAGUUGGUGGAAAACAUUUACCGGAGGGAUUUGGCAAACGAAAAAAUUCGCAAAGCGUACAGACGUCUUGAUCGUGGGCUGACGAUAUCUCGUGGGGGCGAUCGAGCAAGAGUCAAACGCGAUGCGGAGCAAUGUGACGGCGAUCAAUACGAUGAAACCGACAGUCCAGCAUUACAUGUCGACGAUGUGGAUCAGCAAACGGCGUUGGUUAAUCGGCUGGUAGAGGACCCGGGUGAAGGUCCUAGCGGGGAGUACGCGAUCAUAGUAAAAGCGUUGAAGAAAACGUACGGUGACCGGGAGGCCGUGAAGUCGGUUAGCUUUGCCGUGAAAAAGGGCGAAUGCUUCGGAUUGCUCGGAAUGAACGGGGCCGGAAAGACGACGCUCUUUGAAAUGCUUUCGGCUAAUCUACCUGCGUCGGAAGGGACCAUUUAUCUGCAGCGUCGCGAAGUACGCAAGGCGGACGAGAUGGAGUACCGGCACCAGUACGGAUACUGUCCACAGUUCGAUGCGCUGCUCCAUUUUAUGACCGUGUACGAAGUGAUCGAUUACUUUGCGCAGCUGAAAGGGCUGGAUAUGCGGAAAACCCACAUCAACAGCUGGCUGACGAAGCUGGACAUUCUGAAGUACAGCGAUCACACGCUGGAGGACUGUUCGGGAGGUACCAAGCGCAAGGUCAAUACAAUACUGGCCAUGCUGGGUGGACCGUCGGUUGUUCUGCUGGACGAACCAACCACCGGUGUGGAUCCAAAGUCGCGCCAUUUCCUGUGGAAAACGAUCAAAGCGAUUCAGCGGAAAGAUCAAACCGUACUGCUUACCUCGCACAGUAUGGACGAAUGCGAAGAACUUUGCAAUCGGCUCUCGAUCAUGGUCGAUGGAAGGCUACGGUGUGUGGGCACUAUUCCCGAAUUAAAGCAACGGCACGACAAAGGGUACAAUCUGUGGAUAAAGCUGAAAGUCACCCUGAUUAAACCAUUUGAUGAGACAAAUGAGGACAAACAGUUGAUAGACGAGGUGAAGGAACGCUUUCAAGCCACGCUACAGGAGGAACAUAAGGGUUUGUUAAAAUUUCUAGUAGAUGUUCACCUCGAGCUGGCGGAUCUGUUUGACCGAAUUCUUGUUCUUGAAAGUGAACGCGGACAUCAAAUCGAAAAUUAUUCAAUCAAUGAAACCUCUUUGGAAGAUAUUUUUCUUUUAUAUCGACCUAAAAAAAGGCGUAAUACAUGA